UAGCUGUCUGCUUCAAUUCAAAAUGAACAGUGGGUGAAUAACAGUGUGCCGGGUGUUUUAUUCCUCAAGUUUACUAACCUUACUUUUUAUUUCGUGUAUAUUUGUUUCAAUAAAAAUGACGUCGAAUUAUAAAUCCCCUCUCUCAACUCGAUAUGCUUCCAAGGAAAUGCAGUUUACAUUUAGUGAGUUAAAUAAAUUUUCUACAUGGAGGAAAUUAUGGAUUUACUUGGCUGAAGCAGAAAAGGAGUUAGGUCUAGAGAUCACAGAUGCCCAGAUCGAGGAGAUGAAAGCGAAUGUAGACAAUAUAGACUUUGUUGCCGCAGCGGAGGAGGAGAAGCUGACUCGUCAUGACGUGAUGGCACAUGUCCACGUGUUUGCCAAGGCGUGUCCACUGGCAGCCCCCAUUAUCCACCUGGGUGCCACCUCCUGCUACGUGGGGGAUAACACUGAUGUGAUUAUCCUAAGAGAAGGCUUUGACAUCUUGUUGCCGAAGCUGGCCAGCUGUAUUAGUCGUUUGGCUCAUUUUGCAGACACUUACAAGAGCUUGCCCACACUUGGCUUUACCCACAUGCAACCGGCCCAGCUAACUACAGUGGGUAAACGGGCUUGUUUGUGGCUACAAGACCUGCUUAUGGAUGAGCGAGCUCUAUCACGUGCCAGGGAUGACUUACGAUUCCGAGGAGUCAAAGGCACUACAGGCACUCAAGCUUCCUUUAUGGCUCUCUUUAAUGGAGAUGGGAACAAGGUGAAGGAGUUGGACCGUCUAGUAACUCAGAAGGCUGGCUUCCCAUCAGCCUUCACCAUCUGCGGCCAGACGUACACUCGCAAGGUUGAUGUAGAGUGUGUCGGAGUACUUGCUAGUCUUGGAGCCUCCCUCCAUAAGAUGUGUUCAGACCUGCGGCUGCUGGCCCACAUGAAGGAGGUGGAGGAACCGUUUGAGAGCACACAAAUUGGGUCGAGUGCGAUGGCGUACAAACGCAACCCCAUGCGCUCAGAACGAGUAUGUGCACUGGCUCGUCACCUGAUCACGUUGCAAAAUUCUGCCCUCAACACGGCUGCCACUCAAUGGAUGGAGCGAACUCUUGAUGACAGUGCUAACAGGCGUCUGACACUGUCUGAGGCAUUCUUGAGUGCGGACGCGGUGUUGAUGACUCUCCAAAACAUUGUGGAGGGGCUGGUUGUCUAUCCCAAGGUGAUAGAGAAACACAUACGUCAAGAGCUGCCUUUUAUGUGCACAGAGAACAUCAUCAUGGCUGUGGUCAAGUCUGGCGGAGACAGACAGGUCUGCCAUGAGCACAUCCGGGUGCUGUCCCAAGAGGCUGGGCUUGCGGUAAAGCGGGACGGUCUGGACAAUGAUCUUUUGGAGAGAAUCCGGCAACAUCCAUACUUCCAGAGCAUUCUGAACCAGCUAGACUCUCUCCUUGACCCUUCCACUUUCGUGGGCAGAGCUCCCGAUCAGGUGGCAGAGUUUCUGAAGGAUGAAGUGGCUCCUGUACUCAAGAAGUAUGAAGGCAAAAUCAGUGAGAAGUCUGUUACACUAGAGAUUUAAGUUGACUGCCAAGUUUUUAGUUGUUAUUUUUUAAACCAGCGGUGCUGAUGUGCAUUUAAAGCAAAAUCAGGUUUACUGUCAAAAUGGAAUUGUUACGUGUAUAUUGUUAUUUUUAUACAUGGUAGUGUAGGGAAGCUGAACAUUUGUUCGAAAUAUAUAGUUUUGUAUUUUAUAUCAUAUAAUUUUAUCAGAGUUAGAAAAUGUAUUUGGAUAUGCAUUAAUAAAAAAGUUAUGCUGAAUUAA